ACAUCAAUGGCUUCCAAAUUCGCUUUCACUCUCCUAAUCAUCUUCUUCAUUUCUCAAAUUUACCUUUGUUUUGUGCCGAAAACCGCCGGAGCAUUGUUAGCACAAGCUCCUCCUACUAAUGCACUUGUCUUGCCAGUUCUAAAAGAUGGUACCACCAGCCUUCACAUAGUCAACAUCCUCAAGGGAACUCCUUUGAAGUCAAUCCCUUAUGUUGUUGACCUAAAUGGCAAAUUCCUAUCAUUUAGCUGUGAGCAAGGCUACUCAUCUUCAACCUACAAUGCUCCUAUUUGCCAAUCCACUCAGUGUUCACUUUUCGGAACUCAUUUUUGCAAGAAGUGCUCUUCAUUCCUAACAAAAUCCGGUUGCCGUAACAACACCUGUGCUGUUAUAGCAACCAAUCCCUUGACGCGACAAAACGUGGUUGGUGAAAUCGCUCAAGAUGUUGUGGCCUUCCAAACCCUAGAAAAUGGUUCCAAUAAUCCAAGAUCUCUCGCGGUUCUUCGCCACUUGAUGUUCGCGUGCGUACCAUCAUCCUUCUUCCAAGGGCCAUUGCCAAAUAAUGUACAAGGUUUAGCUGGAUUUAACCAGGAUCAAACCUCUCUACCAAGGCAACUCUCAUCCAAGUUCGGUUUGCACCCUAAAUUUGCUCUCUGUCUUUCAUCCGAAAACAAUGAAACUGGGGUCAUCUUUUUUGGGAAUGCCUCAUACAGAAUUGCCUCUAGAAAUGAUUUUUCUCAAGCUUUACAAUAUACUCCAUUGUCUAUCGGAUCGCGUGGGGAAUAUUUUGUCACAAUAAAAUCUAUCAUGAUAAAUCAUAAACCAGUCCAGUUCAACACAGCUUUGCUUUCAAGGACAAUGAUCAGCACUAUAAAUCCUUACACAACUCUUGAACACUCCAUUUUCCAAAGCGUUACACAAGUUUUCGCCAAGGAAUUCUCUGCCAUCGGCGCGUCUCAGACAAAUGCAGUGUCGCCAUUUGGAGCAUGCUUCAACAAGUUACCUCGUCAUGUGACAAAGGAUGGAAUAUUGGGGGCUCCCAUUAUUGAUUUUGUGAUGCAAAAUGAAAACGUAACUUGGAGCAUCAAUGGUUCCAACUCCUUGUUCCAAGCACGCCCUGGAAUAUGGUGUUUAGCCUUUGUUGAUGGAGGAUUCAAUCCUAGGGCUUCGAUUGUGUUGGGUGCAUUUCAGCUGGAGGAUCACAUAGUUGAAUUUGAUUUGAGCAGGUCACUUUUGGGUUUUACUCAGACCGUACUGUCAAAAGACGACAGUAAAUGUUCUCAAUUUAACUUCAACUCUACAAUAUAAUGUAAAAAGAG